GACUCUGACGCUGUUUGAAUCAGAUUGUUGCAUAGGAAAACAGCAAUAGGAAAUUUCUCGUUCCGCGCCAGUAGCCGCACGACCGCCGGCUUAUUGUGGAUUUCUUUGGCAAGAUGCCAGAAUCGAAUGCUUACCAGAAAAUGACCGGAGAAGUUGCAACAAAUGGCUUCCGGCAGUUCUUGGUACUGUUGUACAAGGGAUACCUCUUCCGGAAAAGACACUACAUCGUCACAGCUUUCGAGAUUGUUGUUCCCGUUCUCAUCGCCAGUAUACCUGUGAUCAUACAAUCGGAAAUGCUCGGAUCGUUAGGGUGCAGGACCCGUGAUCACAUGAGACACAACGAAAAUAAGUGGGAAAAUGCUUCAUUUUACCCAGAAUUUGAUCCGCUAACAAGUGGACAAGGAUCGGUAACUGUUCUCUACAGCCCGUCGGACGAAUUACCUGCAGGAUUCGCGAACAAGACAUUCGACACGUGGGUAUAUGGUCACAGAUACAGUGCCAGGUAUGAGUGGACGAUAGAAGGUUUCAAGACAGAAGAAGAAUUGGAAGACAAAGCAUUUUUUCUUCAGCAGUCUCAUCCGUAUGAUACUAUCGUCGGACUAGUGUUUAAUAACAUGGACGGAAAGAAACUUCCAGACUCACUCGACUACAAAAUACGAUAUGGAGGAAGUCAAUCUUUUUUCACCGGUCUCAAGUAUCGUAUAAAUGGUCCACAGAGAAAUAACCCAUAUAGGGAUACUAUGUUCCUAUCUUGGCAAGCAGCUGUAGAACAAACGUUCAUCGAGGAAAAAAUGAAAGAAAAGGGCAAAAGCAUUUCUUACGAGUUGAGAAUGAACCGAUUCCCUUAUCCUGCCCAUAAGAAGAACAACGAUGACUUUAACGCCAUCAGCAUUAUUUCUUGGGUUAUUGGGUAUGGGUUUCUGAUCUUCAUAGUCAACGCCGUUCGGAGAGUUACGGAAGAAAAGAGCAAUCGCACAAAGGAGCUUCUUAAAAUGAUGGGCAUGAAAGACCUCAUCUACUGGAGCAGCACGUUUACAAACUUCUUUUCUGUCGGAGCCUUUUCGAUGCUCAUCAUCGCCAUCGUUUACAAAUCACCAGUCAAGUGCUCCAUGGUGUUUUUGGAAAAUACUGACUUUUUCCUCCUCUUCAUUUUGCUUCUGCUCUUUAUGGCUCAACUAAUCUUAUUCUGCUUCGCUUUCACAACAUUUUUUAAUAAACCUGUUUUUGCCAUCGUUUUAAUUUUGGUGAUUUAUAACAGCACUCUCUCGGUAUUUUCAACCUUGUAUUUCAUGGUCUUCAAUAAUGACGCCUAUUUCCAGCUGUCUUUAGGGAGUAAACUAGGCAUAUGCUUGCUUCCAACGGGAUCCUUACUCACGAUAUUCAGCAUCAUUUCUACAUUAGAAAAUAAUGGUAUGGGGGCUUUGUGGACGAACUUGACUGAGUACAAUGCCAGUUUUGAUGUAAAUAUGCUAAUGGUUAUUGGAACCAUGAUUUUUGCAUGCUUCUUGUACAUCAUCAUUAUUUGGUAUGUGGAUGCGGUUUGGCCUUGGCAACUGGGAGUGCCAAAACCCUUUUACUUUCCGUUUACAAAAUCAUACUGGUGUGGCUAUCAAGAACCAGACGAAGAUGAUGAUGAUAUAAUAGAAGAAAAGAUGGUUGAUACAGAAUUAUUUGAAGAGGAACCAACGAAUGUACCUGCUGGGGUUCAUAUACGGAAUUUAACAAAGGUCUUUCGCACUGGAAUGACGAAAAAGCACGCCGUUAAUAAUGUCAGUUUGAAUAUAUAUAAUGGUCAAAUUACAGCUUUGCUCGGUCACAACGGAGCUGGAAAGACAACAACGAUCAACAUCCUCACUGGACUUUACACUCCAUCUAGUGGAACUGCCACUGUAAAUGGCUGGGACAUUCUAAAGGAAACUACAAAAGCCAGACGGAGUCUGGGAGUUUGUCCUCAAGAAAAUAUUCUCUACGAUACUCUUACAGCGGAAGAACAUUUGAAAAUAUACGCUGGACUUAAAGGAGUCAAGUGGUCUGAGUUGUCCUCGCAAGCAGCCGACAUUCUGAAAGUUUUGCAGCUGACAGAUAAAAAAAAUGAGCUUGUAAAAACUCUUUCUGGUGGAAUGAAACGAAAAUUAAGUCUUGGAAUCGCAUUGAUUGGAGGGUCAAAAGUCUUAUUCUUGGACGAGCCAACCUCAGGAAUGGAUGUGGAAGCGAGACGAAGUGUUUGGGAUGCACUUCUCACUCUGAGACACGACCGCACCAUCAUCCUCACGACGCACUACAUGGAAGAAGCCGAUAUCUUGGGAGAUAGGGUGGCCAUCAUGGCUGACGGUGAAAUUCAAUGCUGCGGCUCCCCAAUGUUUUUGAAACGAAAGUUUGGCACUGGCUACCAUUUACAUCUUGUAAAGGACAGAAACUUCAAUCAGAGCGGCGUUUUGGGGUUAAUUCAAAAACACAUUCCUGGUUCGUCAGUGGAAAACAGUUCAGAAAAAGAGAUUACUUUCAAUCUUGGCUCUAAUUCAGAUUCUUCUUUUGCGAGAAUGUUUGAAGAGCUAGAAAAUUCAAAAUCAAGCAUGGGAUUCAAUUCGUGUGGUAUUACAGUCACUACAAUGGAUGAUGUUUUCUUAAAAGUUUCCAUGACUUCUGAGGUGAAAGAAAAUGUGGCAAAUGGAGUAUCGCUAGAAAAUGCUUAUGGAAAUACAUAUGAAGAUGUUUACAGCGAGGCCAACGAUGUACCAAAGGUGAGAAGUGUGGGUCAUCUGAUGUGGGGUCUUCUAAUAAAGCGAUUCAACUACACAAAGCGCCACUGGUUGAUGCUUUUAGCGCAUAUAGUUCUUCCUUUUCUUUUAAUGUGCUUAUGCCUCGGAAUAAUUUCAGCAACUUCCUACACAUUCAGAACUACAUAUCCGCCGCUGAAAAUGGACAUCAAGGAAAUUUACGGGGAUACAGAUGGAUUUUAUUCAACAAACGAAACUACUAACACAUUUGGAAAAACGAUGAAGAAAGUAAUGGAGGGAAAUUCCAUUAGCGUGGCAGAAACGACUAAUCCGAUAGACUACAUCUUAAAGAAAGGAGAAAAAAACAUUGUAAAUUACUUGAAAAAUUUUCACGUUGGUGGAAGUGUGAAUAAAGACAGGACAUUCUUCAUAGCGUGGUACAAUGGAGAACCAUACCACAGUUUGCCGAUAUCACUUUCUAUGAUGAACACUGCCAUUUUGAAAGAAACGAGCGGGUCCGGUUCCAUCACGCUCACCAACGCCCCCCUCCCAACUUCUUAUCGAUCAUACAUUUCCAAUAGCAUUAUUUCCGUAUCAGGCUCGAUUGCUUUCGCCAUCGUCCCCAUCGCCUUCGCAUAUGUGGCUGCCAGCUACGUGAUGGUGCCAAUUCAAGAGCGAGCUUCAAAGGCGAAGUUGCUGCAGUUGAUGACUGGGCUGCACGAAUGGCUGUACUGGCUUUCGAUGUUUAUUUGGGAUGGACUCUUGCACGUAGUGGUUAGUAUCGUGCUAAUCAUACCCUUCGCCAUCUUCAGUCGAUAUGCAUUCUUUUCUCCUCAUUCUGACGCUAUAGGUACAGCACUACUAAUGAUGUUUCUGUAUGGCUGGUCCAGCAUACCGCUCACUUACAUAAUUUCUCUGAUAUUUAAGAAGCCAAAUACAGGAUUUACAGCCGUUACAAUGACUUGUGUUAUAACAGGUACUGUGGCUGGGAGUAUCUUAAGUGCCUUGCAACAGUAUGAUGGGGUCAAGAAAGCCGUGUGGUUCUUCCGAAUUUUCCCAAGCUAUUGCAUCGGGUCUGGAUUUUCCAAUUUAUUUACCUUGGCCUACACUAAUUCAUUUUGUGAAAGUAUUCCCUCCAAAGAUCUUAAGCUGUAUUGUGCUUCGCAAAAUAAAGAUAAAGAGAGUUUGCUUUAUCAGUGCUGUACAGGUAUCUGUGGAAAUCGUUGCUUGCAACAGAAGCCACUAUUAACAUGGGCAUAUGAGUCAUGCGGUAGAGAUACUUUGUUUCUGGCAGUAGACGGAUUUCUGUAUAUAGGUCUUUUGCUGCUUCUCGAUUCGCUCGUUUUCCGACGCUUUAUGAAAUUGGUCAGGCAGCGAACCAAGCGAGGGCAGGCGGUGCAGAUUCUACAAGAGAACAUCAGCGAAGAUUCCGACGUCCUGGCUGAAGAAGAGAGGAUUCGGUCCGCCACCGAAUGGGGCUUGAGCAACGAGGCGCUGUUUGUGCGAGAUCUGACGAAAUCGUACAGAAACUUCUAUGCGGUGGAUCACCUCACUUUUGGAAUUCAAAAACAAGAGUGCUUCGGCUUGCUCGGUGUCAAUGGGGCUGGGAAAACCACAACCUUUAGAAUGCUGACCGGAGAUUGCAGUCCCUCAGACGGCAACGGAUUUUCUUCCGAUCUGUCUAUUGUUUCGCAAACGAAGAAGUUCCAAUCUUUGAUCGGAUAUUGCCCUCAGUUUGACGCCCUCAUCGAUCGUCUGACAGGACGUGAGAUGAUAACUCUUUUUGCAAGGCUGAGAGGUAUGAAUGGGCCAAGUAUGACUAACAGCGUCGACAAGCUGAUAAAAAUGACAGAUCUCACUCAACAUGCUGACAAACAAACCAGAUUUUACAGUGGAGGAAAUAAAAGGAAGCUUUCGAUCGCCAUCGCUCUUAUUGGAUCGCCACCUCUUAUUUUAUUGGAUGAACCCACGGCGGGUGUUGAUCCGGUGUCCCGUAGAAAAAUCUGGAAUAUUUUAGCCCAAGCUCGAAGAGUGACUGGUGCUUCCAUUAUUUUAACAACGCACAGCAUGGAAGAAAGUGAAGCGCUGUGUGCUCGCCUCGCUAUCAUGGUGAACGGUCGUUUCCGUUGUCUCGGCUCCAUUCAGCAGUUGAAGUCCAAGUUCGGACAAGGGUACACGUUAAUCAUCAAGAUGAAGAAAGAGAUGCAGGGUAACACCGAGCACGUGAAUGUCGUCAAAAACUUUGUGUCGAGCAGUCUUCCCGGUUCUCAACUGAAAGACGAUCAACAGGCUGAGUUUAGGGCUUCUGCCCUGGCUACUAUUCAUCAAAGGGCUGUCACUGAGAUCUCUUACCAAAAAAUUGUUAUUUUUGUUGACUCCCAAGCUGCAAUACAGUCGAUCACAGACUAUAACCUUUUCCCAACUGAGACUGAGUUUGAAUGUAAACUCAUUAUUAGUUCACUUCUUGAGACCAGUAAAGACGUUGUGCUCCAAUGGAUACCAAGCUACGAGCAAGCUGACUUGUUGGGCUAA